UUAAUUUCCAUUUAGGUUCAAACUCUCAAUAGACGAUUAAGUGAGGGCAUUGUAUUCAUUUUCUAUGAAAUAGAAACGUACGGUAUUCGUGAACAGUGUGUGGUAGUCAUAAGUACAUAAAUAUUCUUUGUAGUCAUACUAUGGGAAGAUCGAUGUGUUUUAGUCAUAUUGUUAUAUUUGCCCCCUACUUUAUUGAUAUGCAUAUACUCUGGACCAUGUUCAAUGAUGUGCAUGUUGAUUUGACAAUGAUGUGGCAUCCCCGCAAGGCUAGAGACUAGAGAGCCCUCCGAAUGGCAAGCCUUCCCUUGUCAUUUUGACAAGAGGCUGCUUUCAAGACUUGAACCAGUGACCUCUCAAUCACACAACAACACCAUAACCAGUGACUCGGAAAAUGAACAAGGAGUUGUAUGUAAAAUUGGACGCCAAGGAAGGAGAAAAACAUAUUUAUAGACUUGCUCAUCUUCUUGCUCGUAAGACUCAAGAUAUUGGAAAAGUUAAGUGUGUGAAACAUGUCGAUCAAAAGUUACUAAUGGAGGACGGGGAAAUAAAAGAAAGAUGAAGGUCACGCUUUGAUGCCUUGUUCAACGGGAAAAACACAAGAUAUUAGUGAUCUCACUAUACCAGGUUGUAUUGGAAAUUGGGAUUUUGUGAGAAGGAUCCAAAUGGUAGAAGUUAAAGAGGUUAUGAGAAAGAUGGGGCGGAAGAAAGCAGUGGAUCUAGAUGGCAUACCGAUCGAGACUAAGAGAAGUUUGGGAGAGAGUUGCGUCGAUGGUUAACACGUUCCUUGAACAAGAUUUGGAGAAAUAACAUGUCAGCGAGUUGGCAAAGUAUACUCAUAUUCCCCUAUUUAAGAAUGACGGUGUUCCACAAGAAUGUGCCAUUUAUUGAGGGAUUAAGCUUAUGAGUCACACAUGAAACUUUGGAAGCGAGUGGUUGAACAAAGGCUCCAAAAAAAGUGUGAAGAUUUCAGAGAAUUAAUUCGGUUUUAUGCCUUUUCUAGUUCAUUGACUUAGAAAAGGCAUAUGAUAGGCCACUUCGAGAAGUCUUUUGGUGGACUUGCCUUUAACUAGGAAAGACAUAUCACAUAAGCAUAUCAACAUCAUCAUGGAUAUGUAUGGGGAUUGUACUACAACUAUUUGUACUAGUGUGUGGAGGACGGCUAAGUUCCCUAUUACUAUCAGAAUGCACUAAGGAUUGACCCUGGGCCUUUUUUAUUUGCUAUAGUCAUGGAUGGACAUACAAAGUCAAUUCAAGAAGAUAUAACAUGGUGCAUGAUGUUUGUUGAUGAUGUUGCAUUGAUUGAUGAGACACAAUCGGAUGCUAAAACAAUAUUGGAAGUAUGACAACAAACAUUGGAGAACAAGGGUUUCAGACUAAGUUAAAGUAAGACUUACUGUAUGGAGUGCAAGGGACUAAGGUUAGCUCCGAUAUCAUAUAUCGAUUCAUGUUAGCCGACCUCAAAAUCUUUCGGGACUAAGGUUUGGUGUUGUUGUUCCUUUGUAAAAGUUUGCAACCGUAAGGUGACAAUAAUAAUGAUUGAUUUGCAUUUUCUUGAUCAUGAUUUUUAUAUUAUUGUUAAAACACGCAUUCACACGUCAUUCUGCUUAUUCUUGAGUUAAUCUACCCAUGUGAAAUUAUAUAUAGCUAACCAUCCAAAGUUUAAGCAUUUCCUCAUCCUAUUGCAGGUGACUGGAAAACAACCUGAUAUUAUUCAUGUGCACGAAUGGCAAACUAGUGCUGUACCUCUCCUUUACUGGGAUAUGUACCGAUAUCUAUCAAUCCAGAAACCCAGGGUUGUAUUGACAAUCCACAACAUGGAGCAUUACGGAGAGUGCAACAAAGAGCAAUUCAGCAAGUGUGGCCUUGAUGGAUCUUUAUAUGGAUCGGAAGAAAAGGCGGUUGAUGAUCGCACAAUUGGCCACAAUCCUGAGAGAUUAAGUCUCCUUAAAGGUGGCAUAGUCUACAGUAAUGCAGUAGUUACUGUCUCUCCAACAUAUCUCAAAGAAACACUUUGUUCUGGAUGGCUUGCCAGCACUUUGAUAAGACACCGCGAUAAGUAUUCUGGUAUUUUAAAUGGAAUAGAUACUACAAUGUGGAACCCUGCAACUGAUAUAUAUCUGCCUUCUAAAUUUGAUGCUAGUAAUAUCAAAGGGAAGCAGACAUGCAAAUUCUAUGUUCAAAGGGGGCUUGGUUUGGCCGCAGAUGACAUGAGCCCACGUGGUUAUUCUUCGCAUCGAGUGCCUUUGGUUGUUUGCAUUACUAGACUAGUUCGUCAAAAGGGUCUUCAUCUGAUAAUUCAGGCAAUAAAGCAUGUCAAGGAGUUAGGUGGACAGAUGGUUGUCUUGGGGAAAGCUUCAGAAGGUCAAGUUGAAAAACAGUUUCAAGAUCUUGCUAAAUCGCAUAGCCUUGGUUCCAGCGUCCGUAUCCUUUUGAUGUACAGUGAGGAACUGUCUCAUAUGCUUUACGCUGCUGCAGACAUGGUUGUGGUCCCUUCCAUAUAUGAACCGUGUGGCCUUGCUCAGAUGAUUGGAAUGCGUUAUGGAGCAGUUCCCAUAGUCAGGAAGACUGGCGGCCUCGCAGAUACAGUUUUUGACAUGGACAAUGACUCACAAUCAGAUAUUGCAAAUGGGUUUGUCUUCGAAGGAAUUGAUGAAGCAUCCUUAAACUGGGCUUUAGAACGUGCAUUUUCACACUAUAGAGAGAGGCCACGUGAAUGGGAUGAUACUGUGAAGAAGGUUAUGCAAAUGGACAACAGCUGGAAUAACACGGCAGAAAAAUACAUUGACAUCUACAACUCUGUGAAGGGUUAAAAGUGAUCCCCCUCACCCAAAUUGUAUCUGGGAGUCCUUGGAAUCCCAAUGGUUUUGUUUCAAAGUCUGGAAAUACAUGUUUGGAAUCUGCUUAUUGACUUGAGAGUUGAUAAUACUAUAAAGAACAGCACAACUAGAGUACAACAAGCAAAGCUUGAAAUGUUAGUCUCUAAACAUUUAUAUUUGACUGG